ACUUUGUGAGAUGAUGGGACCGAAAAUAAACCUCCGUGCCGAUUACAACAGUUGUAAGAGCGUCGCUCUUACUAGAGCCGGCUUGGCUCGCGCAGCUUCUCAGUCGGUGUCUUGAUGUGCUCACAAUCAGAUGCUGUGCUGCGUCCCAAAGAGUUUCGCGGACGGAGACCCGUUCCACGACGAGACCCCGUUCCAUAAUGAAACCUCGUUCCACGACGAGACUCUGUUUCACGACAAAACUCUGAAUAAGACGCCACUAUCCAUCUGCAAAACAUGGGUCGAACUAUAUUCUGAGGAAGAUGCGCCGCCGCCGAUUCUGCUGCCUUGCGCGAUCUGCGCGCGGACGUUUAUGCCACAGUCGCUGGAGAAACACACGAAGAUAUGCGAACGCUCCACUGUCAAGAAACGCAAGCCCUUUGACUCGGCUAAGCAGAGGAUCCAGGGCACAGAGCUGGCCGAAUUUCUGCCCAAGCAGGAGCCCCGGCGACACCAUCAGGACGAGAAGACCACCAAAUCCUCUUGGAAGAAGACCCACGACGACUUCCUGAAAACCAUCCGGGAAGCGCGUGGCGAAGUUAUGGAUUCGAGUAAUAAACAAUGCAAUUCAGUGAACUCCUCGGGCGCGCCGACUCGCGCCAACGAGAAAGGCACGUGCCCUACGUGUAAUAGACAAUUCGGUAUUAAAGCUUACGAUCGUCAUGUCGCCUGGUGCAAAGACAGAAUCACUCAGAUGCCAAUGAGUCCGGCGACAAACUUGGCGAAAGAGCGAUUAGAGGCACGCAUGAGAUAUAAAGCACCAGUCUUUAAGAAUCGGCGAGCUAUUAAUCGAGAAAAGUACAGCCCGGGCUCGGCAGUGAACCAAAGUGUCAAGAUUUCUGUGUCGUCGCCGGCUCUCGUCAAACCAAAAGAAAGUGUGUCAGUGACUAAUGGCAGUCGACAUCAAAGUCCGAUGAAGCAAAAACCAGCUGUCGUGAAACGUCCUGGACAGCUCAAGGAAUCUCCUAUCUCAUCUGGACCUAUGAAAUCACGUCUCAUCGAUCGUACGAACAAUCUAUAUUUAGAGCCGUCCAUGAGGAGAAGGGAAAAGGAUGAGUCCUUCCUUCUCCUCAGGCCAGCGGAAGCUCAUGACAUAUUGACAUCGACAUCGUGCCAAACUUCUCAUUUUGCUAUAUCUUCCCGUCGUCCUCUCCAAUUUCCUGUAUCUACGAAAUCCAGAAUUAAUUCAGAUUCAGUCUCCUCCAAUGAGAUCACGUCGCCUACCAUCUCGUUUAGAAAACAAUUUGAUCGAAACGAAAAAAUCUCCCACCGCAUUCCAAACGACGAAACGAGAACUCGAGAAAUCUGUUCCAUCAAAAUGCAGAAAAAUAUUGUUUCUGCAAGAAGUCAAGGUCAUCCGACGAUCAAUGAUAUUGCUGUGAACGAUAAGACUCUAGGCAUGAUUGUGCAGCCUUACAAGAUACACAUGGAUUUGCGAAAGGAUGAUCAAUUGGUGACGUGGAAACAGAUCAGCAAGAAGAACAAUCUUCAGUGUAGUGAUUCUGUUGUCAGCUUUAAUUCUUCACAAGAGUUUUCCCUACUCGAGCUCGAUCGACGAUGUGAUCGAGAAGACGAAAUCAAUACGAUUGAAAAAGAAGAUAGAACCGAAAAAGAAUUACUGAUCGCAAAGAAUGAUUUUACACAAAUCAAUGAUGAAUUAGGAGACAGUGAGGUUGAUACAUUGAGAAAUGACAAGCUCAUAUGGUCUAACGGAAUUCAGAAUCUGAAUCAGACUUACUUGAUAAAAGACUCGGAGGAUAUAUAUAACGAACCACCGAAGAUUCUUCACAGUAAAUGGAAGCCGAUUAAACACAGUCCUCGUAUAGAGUUUUAUUUUAAUGAUAUAGAAAACGAAAAUGUAAUUAAUAAAACAAAAUCGGACAGAAAAACUAUAGCGAGUGACGAAGAAAUUAGAACUACAAAGCAAGAGUUACAAAUGGAAAUAAAGAAUAUUGAAAAUAAAGAAAAUACUGAGACUAAAGUAAUGGAGCAAAAAGUAGAAAAAUUGAAAACAGAUAAUGAAGAUAGGAAAGAUUGGAAAAUAAACGAUAAAGAAGCUGAAGUAAUAGAACGCAAAAUAAAAAAAUUCAAUAUCAAUAUUGAAAACAAAGAUAAUCAAAGGCUAAUCAAUGAAGAGGACGAAAUUGCAGGUUACGAUGUUAAAAAAUUAGAAAUAAAUAUCAAAGAUAAAAGAGAUUCUCAGAGAAUGGAUGACACAGACAUUGCAGAAUUCGAUAAAUUAGAUGUGAAUAAAGAAAAUAAAAAAGAUAAACAGAUAGCGAUAGAUAUUAUUGAAGAUAUUAAAUAUACUGUAGUAGAAGAAAACGAGCAAAAUUUAUUGAAUUUUGAUACACUUUCUCAAUUUUCGCAGGAUGCGGAGGAAUCUUUUAAAAAAUCAAAAGUGAGUUCCACUGACAGUAAUAAUGAUUUUAUCUUGAAUCUUUUUCAAAACGUCUUUGAAACUUCUUUGUCGAAACAUGAAGAUCCAAUACUUCAUGUCAACAAUAAAAAUAGUCUAACAGUUUCAAACAUCUUUAUUAAUAAUCAUAUUGAAGAUGAUUUAAAUCUUAAAAAUAAAAUGUUACAAUACGAAAGUGAUACAUGUUGCAAUUUACAAAAGUUACAGGAAAAUGUUUCAGCUUUUAUAUGCAAUCAAUCUCAUAUAAAUAAUAUGAUGUUUUUAAACAGUAAUAACCAAACUGAUUCUGAAGUUGAAACACUACCAUGCCAAAGUAAUGUAAUAUGUUCCAAUUCAGAUCUAAAAGAAAAUAUCAAAGUAAUGCCAUCUGUAUCUAGUCGAGCUAGUCUAGACAAAGAUUCUACAAAGAAUACUGAAGAAACUGAAAUAAAUGAUGAAAUAUGCGGGAAUGGUUUAAUUAUUCUCUAUAAUAACGACUCUGAAAGAAAUUUAAAAGAAUUAAACUCUGAAAUAUCGCUUUCACAUAAUUCGGAGAUACUUGCUAAUGAGUCACACACAAAUGCGUAUACAAAUAACAUAUCUUUACAAGUUAAAGUUAACAGACAAUAUCAAGAACAAUUCUUCGAUUCCGAUAAUUUCGAGAAUAUUGAAGAUUGCUUGAAAAAUGAGAAAACGGAUUUCGAUGCAAAUAUAGACAGACAAUCGAAUAAUAAAUCAAGCCGCUCGAUUAUCCAAAUGGAAAUUACGACAAGCGAAGGUUUGCACAAGAGAAACGUAGACAACGAAGAAUUUAAUUAUGGCAGCGAUAAUAUCGUGUGUGUCGAAGAACACGACAUACAAGACGCUGAUGAUUUAGUGUCAUCAGUCACGUUGAAGAACAAUGUAGAGACGCAAUAUCGGCAUGACGAAACUUUUUUAAAAGCGAGCGUAAAUUUUUCAAAAGACGUUCCCGAUUCUGCUAGAAGACUCGCGAAAGAGCGUCCAGUAAAUUCUGUCAAAAUAAAACACAAAAUCAGAGAAAGCAUGAAUCGUCUUCGCGGCAGCACCGAUUCUUUGAUAUCUUCGAUUGAAUUUAUAGAUCUUGAGAAUAUCAGGCGGCCCAAAGUGAAUUAUGCUUACGAGCAAGAAAGCAUAGAGAUAAUUCGCCCGAAACGGAACAGAGUGUUUAGAGGUCUACCCGACAUAAGAAACGAUUUGGCGGAAACGAGAGAAGAUUCUGAAAAAUCGUACUGGGAGAAAGCUUCGAAAAUUUCACGAAAUAGAUUGAUCGAUCUGAAUUCCAUUCCCGCUAGAUACAAGUUCGUUAAGAGAAAUCCCAGAGUCCGUAUCCUUCCUCCAGUUUCAAGUCCAUCGUUGAUGCGAAGGAAAAUUGAACUGGCAACACGUCCUGCCUGGUGCAAUUACGUGCGCAGAAGGCCGGACUUUAAUCUUGUGCUUAAAGCUAGAACUGGCACGAGCAAGGAUUACGAUCCGUUUCUGUUGGCCGAACAGCAGAUGAAAGACCUGCUGUCGGACAUGAGCGAUCAAUCCGUGACGGGGAGCCCCAAACUCCAACAAACUCACGACAAUCUAUAUCCUCUCUCUCAUUCCUCCGCCUUUGUAAAAUAUCCUAUUUCUCAUAAGAGAUCAUCUCUGAUAGAGCCUCCUAUCGAGUUCGACGAUAUUGCAUCCGACUUUUCCAGCGAUUCCACCGAGACCAACUCGAUCUCGCGCGAGAUCUUUCUCUCGAAGCCCGUUCUCAGAAGUAAGGAUGUAACAGAUGUUGCGGAUUUAAAACCCAUCAAAGAAUUGGGCAGGAGAGUCAUAAUCGAUAAAUCGAAAGCCUUGGGUGUUGACGAGCGCCGCGGCGUCAUCGGCAGCGCCGAUAGAUCACGCAAGAUUUUUGACAAGGUCACGCCAAUGGUCACGAAAUCAUUGAUUGAUCGGUCCAACUCGAUCCGGGUCUCGUCCGCGCCCAAGACCAAUUCAAACUUCGUCAGAAAGAUCUCGAACGAUGUCAGAAAGGUCCAGGAUUCAAUGAUGACCGAGGAUCAGUCGUUGUCAAGAUCGUCGGAUCAGAGUCUCAAUCAAAGCAAUAACAACUAUUCGUCCCUGUCCGGCAGCAACCUAAGCCUCAACUCAAUUAUUUCCUCCUCGGAGUUUGAUGUCAAGCGGUCGAACUCGAUGUUCGACGAGCUGACGUGCUUCAAGGAGGAUGAAUUUAAUCUGAAAUCCUUCCUCAAUAAUGAAUCCUUUGACCUAUCCAGCUGCGGCGGUGAUAGACAGCGGAACGACAGCCUGAUCAGUGAUGGGGAAUUGUCUUCACCUGAUAGCUACAAGCCGCGGGAUCACAGCAAGCUCAGCAACGAUUCCGCGUAUAGCAGUUUAAAUCGCAAAUAUUCACACCAUGGACGCAGCACCAACGACGUGAUCGGCCGUCUCGAUGAAGACGUGCCUGUCAGAAAUGAGACAUCGCCGACUCAGACGACAAUCAAAUGCAAACUGUCCAAAUUCUGCCAUGAAUGCGGUCAACGAUUUCCGGAAACCGCCAAGUUCUGCUGCGAAUGCGGCGUCAGAAGGCUGGCGUUAUGAAAUGCACCAUCAUUCUUCGAGUAUUAUCACCAUUGUAUCGAUUUUGAUAUUAAGAAGUGAAACAAAGAUAUCACCGUAAAAAUAUUCUUUCGAGAAAAGAUUGUUUAUUUCGAAAGCGUUCUUCAGAAUAGUUUAAAAAUAUUUUCCGAAAGAAGAGUAAUAAUUUGCAAUUUUGAAAAAAUUUUUUUUCGAGAUUGAAAAUCUUUUCUGGAAAUAGUCUUUGAUAGUGAGAAAAUAUGGAUCAACUUUCUUAUCAUGAUGUAUGUAGAGUGGUAUAUUAUUUAGGCGGCUUUUAAAAAAUCUUAAAGUUUUGAGUAUCUUUCAUGAAUUUUGUAAGGUAGCAUUUUUAUAAUUGAAGAAUUUUUUUAUCUCUGCUUUAGUUUGCUUUCUAUGAUGCGUCGAUUUAUUUGCUCGCUGUAUUUGUGUAGUCUAGUAAUAUAUGUCUAUAUAUACAUAUAUAUACAUUUGAUAAGAGAGUUUUUUGUCACAAACAGAUAUAUACAUACAUAUCGAGAGUCGUUGAGCGAUCGCAGAAACAUCCUUUUUUCUACAAAUUCAUAAGUGCGACUUUUUGAUAAAGUUUUUAUAUGAAUGAAGAGAGAAGCAGGAAGUACAUUUUCUGUUGAAAAUAGGAGAAUUAUAAAAAAGAAUUGAUAGGAAUUUAUUUAUAAAAGUAUAAAUGUGUGAAAGCUUUAAUAUUGUUGUAUUUAAUUUUUAUUUUAUUUUAAUUCUAGUGAUAGAGAUGAUCAGAAAUCGAAGGAAUAUGGCUUAAUUUAUUCGGGGAAUUAAUACAUCAAAAUUUUCUUUAUAUUUUACAUUUAAUACAAUUAUUUUACACAUAUUUCUAAAUAAAAAUAGGGAAAUAAUUUUUCGCUUUCGAAUUUUAGGCGCGUUUAAUUCCACAAAAAUAAAUUUCUAUCAACUUGCUUAAUUCACCUUUCACUUUUACAGGGCUCUUGUACCACACGUCGUAUAUGUAACGAAGUUGAUCGUAGCAUAAGAUUAAGAGAUAGUGAUUAGAUGAGUUGCCACUUUCAGCUUCGCUCAAUUAACAAGUCAACUAACGAGGAAAAAUAAAUGUGAAGUAUGAAGUGCGAUACGUUCGAACUAUUAAUCUUAAUAAAGAUACACUUCUCGAUUGUUAUGAGAAAAAAGAAGAUUAAUUAUAAUUAAAAUUAAAGGUAUGCACCAUUAAAACGCACAAUUGAUCUAAUAUCAAGUGUAUUUUAUUUAUUUUUUAAUAAAAAAAGUAUGCUGAAAAUAUAACUUAUUGUUAUAGAAAGAGUAUCUCGGAAAAUAUAUGAUGAUCCCUUUCUGAUUAAAUUUUUGCUACAGAAAAAAAAUUAAUUUGAGAAAGUCUUGUCAAUUCUUCAAUUUUUAUAUUCAUUUCAUCAAAUAUCUUAUUUUUUUUAAGACGAGAAAAAACGCAGAAAAUGUUUCCUCCCGUUAGUUGUAAUUAAAGGUGAGAAAUCAAAUUAAAUAAUAACUAUAUAUUGUCAUACUAAUUAUUUGUAACAGUUCUAAUAAGAAUUAAUUUGUUAAGGAUAUCGUUGGCUCUCUGGUUUUGAUAGAAUAUACCAAAGAGUAACAUGCGAAAGAGAUAAACAUUUGAUAAAACUGACACGGUCGUCUAAUUUGGAAGAAUGUGUGUUGAAUUAAUUGUAUGCAAUCGAUAUAAAUUGUAUACGUCUGAAACUGUAUUUUUGCAAGUGCAAUAAACCGAUGCUUGUACAAAUUUAA